UUGUUUGACCUCUGGGAGAAACGUGCAGUUUUACUCCCAACGUUAGAUUUCCUCUCCCUGUUCCUCCUCAUCUAGUCUUGUCGGUCUUCCGUGGAGGUUGGCUUGCUCGACGAGCGUCUUGACCGCUAUCCCAUCCCAUGUCCUAUUGAGUUCAGUCACCAGGCGUUUCUGGGCUCCAUGGCUUCUUCUACCGCGUCUUCUCAGGCUCAUGGAACCGAGAGCGACGAUAUCCAGGCGGCCAUUGCCAAGACCGCGGAGCUGAGGUCUCUGCACGCGAAGUUGCUACAGAGGCGCAACCUUGGUGGUGGCCCCUUUGUGCUCGGCCCGCCCGUCGGUGCCGCUUCUUUCCUGCGCCACUCUAAUCCGCACUCCACCGCCGAAGAUUACCCUGUCUUCACACCUAGUUAUGAAGAAGAAUCCUUACCAGGUUUUCACUACAUCCGUCCUGAAACCCGAAGCUUAUCGGAAACCUGGAGUGCCAUUCAGGUAGAAGGCAAAAAUGAUGCAACAAUAAACAUAGAUGCCCAGAAAAACAAGCAAAAUAUUUGCUCAAGGAAUGAGCAUUUAUCCAAGAGAAGCUCAUGCAUAAAUCACAUUUCCUUUUUGCAAGCUUCGCUGGUGACUGAUACCCACAUUUCCUCUAGUGGUAGAAGCAGUCCCGGCGAGCAUGAAACCAUCAAAAAGUGCAACGCAUGCAAGCCUGUAACCAUUAGUAGGGAACCCGAAAGGGAGCACAGGAACCUGAAGACAGUUUCGAGCACGACAUCUUUGCAUGACACAGGGACAUCAAAACAUGUGCAUACAAAGCACAGAGGGCCUGUUCUGUCAUGGUUAUUUCCGAAAUCGAAAAGGAAACCCAAACCAGAGAUGUUGCCACACCCAAUAGAAUCUGAAGAGAUGUCCCAAUUCUUGAAUGACUGGGGAUUACUUUCAUUUGAAUCACUGAAGAAGGAACUGCUUGAAGCUAACAAGAACAAGGAUGCUGCACUCGCAGAAGUUACAAAAAUGAGGUCUUUGUUUGGGGAGCUGCAACAAAAGCUAGUCAAUUUGGAAACGUAUUGUGAGGAGCUGAAGAAGGCCUUGAAGCAGGCAGCACAUGUGAAAAGUUGCCAGGUUACGGACAGGCCUAACUUGCCGAAGAGAACAAAAACCAGUGGUUGUGUAAAGGACGAGUUGAUGCCCGUCAGCCAUGAGGUAAUGAUGGAAGGUUUCCUGCAGAUAGUAUCAGAAGCCAGGCUCUCCAUCAAACAGUUUAGCAAGAUGCUGAUCCACCACAUUGAAGAAACUGAAUGUGAUAUGAUGGAGAAGCUAAAUUUGCUUCUCCAACAUCAACAGAUGUCAUCAAGUAAAAAACACUCGAAAGUGAUGCUAUACCAUGUCGAAGCUCUUAUAAACCAAUGUCUAUAUCAGGACUUUGAGAACUGCAUUUUCCAGAAGAAUGGCUCACCAAAGUUUCUAGACCCACAGCAAGAACGCCGGGAGAACUACUUGGCAUUCCUUGCACUACGGAACUUGAGCUGGAAUGAGGUACUUCACAAGGGAACAAAGUACUACAGCAAAAAUUUCAGCAUGUUUUGUGACCAAAAGAUGAGCUGCAUUGCUUUGUUGCUAAACUGGUCGAGACUGUGGCCUGAACAGCUCCUCCAGUGCUUCUUCAUUGCUGCCAAAUUCAUUUGGUUGCUUCACCUGCUUGCCUUCUCCUUCAGCCCACCAUUGAUGAUCUUGCGAGUUGACGAGAACCGAAUCUUUGAUCCCCUCUACAUGGAGGACAUUCUUUUGGACAAAAAACGCGCGCACAUUGCAGCCCAAGUUAAGAUCAUGGUUAUGCCAGGAUUCUACAUUCAAGACAAAGUGCUGAAGUGCAGGGUUCUCUGUGAGUCUCUCUCAUUAGCAAAGUAAUCGAUCAUCUUUAGUUCUUUCUGAUGGAAUUUGUGUUCUCAUGAGCUGUUGAAACUGGUGUUCCAUCUUAAAUUUGUGUUGUCCUGUCAGGUACAGGCUUCAUAAAACAACUGUAAUUUUCACCUAACAAUUGUAUAAGUAGUGUGGUACAGAUGAAGUGGGACUGAAAGUGAUGAUAGAAUGUAUUUGCGUUGUUUUCAGAUGUGAUAGGUUCUUUCUGCGAUCCAUUUAUGGGAAAAUGAAAACAUAUGUCUGCUUUAUCA